CGCCGCCGCCACACGACGCCGGCGUCGCGACGACACGAGCCUCCAGCGCCACCGGCGUCUGCCGCGGAAACCUCAAAGGGCGGUGCCAUGGGGAAGUCGCUGCCAGCGGUGGCUGCCGGCCACUGACGCUAGAGAUGAGCGCCUCACCCUUCCACGGGAGGCCCUUCGUCUUCCGCGUCAACGACAACGGCGGCGGCCCGCACCUGCUGCUGCAGGUGUGCGUGGAGCGCGGCUGGCGCGAGUACAACUCUGAAGCCGGAGGGGCCGCGCCGCGCGACACGUGGAACCUGUGGUGGCGCACGUCCGGCUUCCCUCUGUCCCACUACAAGCAGCUCAAGGCCUGGCAGUUCACCAACCACAUACCGAAGGGCUCCAUGAUUUGCCGAAAGGACAACCUGGCUCGGUACCUGCGCUGCAUGAGGAAGGUUUACGGCCCCAUCUACGAUUUCAGCCCACUGGGAUACAACCUGCCACUGGAGUACACCAAGCUGGUGGCAGAGUGCACGCGCCAGAGGCGGAACCGCGAGUCCUCCGUCUGGAUCUGCAAGCCCGUCUCGCAGAGCCAGGGUCGCGGCAUCUUCCUCUUCAGGAAAGUGAGCGAGCUGACGUACGACUCGAACGCGGUGGUGCAGCAGUACAUCGAGAACCCGCUGCUGAUCGGCGGCUACAAGUUCGACCUGCGACUGUACGUGUGCAUCCCGUCGUACCACCCGCUCACCGUCUACCUGUACCGCGAGGGCCUCGCCCGCUUCGGCACCGACAAGUUCUCGCUCAGCGAUCUCGACAACCCCUUCCGCCACCUCACCAACAGUUCGCUCAACAAGCUGGGCCGCGGCUACACGCAGAAGAAGGACAGGGUUGGCGCAGGCUGCAAGUGGUCGCUGCGACAGCUGCGGCACUACCUCCACCAGGCGGGCCACUCGGACUGGCUGCUGUGGCAGAAGGUGACGGCGCUCGUCGUGCUCACAGUGCUGAGCCACAGCCCGUCCGUGCCCACCACCGCCAACUGCUUCGAGUUCUACGGCUUCGACGUCCUCGUGGACUCCUCCCUCCGGCCCUGGCUUCUCGAGGUGAACCUGAGCCCCGCGCUGGGCAACGACUGCGACGUGGACGCGGCGGUGAAGAAGCCGAUGCUUCACGACAUGUUCGACCUGCUAGGACUGCCCGUCUGCAACACGGGGCUGUCGCUGUUCGCCGUGUUCAGCGUGGCGCCGGUGGAGGUGGAAGCGGCGCCACCUGCUGGUGAGGGAGUCAUCGGCCGGCGUCGGCGGCCCGCGGGCGCGCAAGAAGAGCGCGGGGGCGUCGCCGUCCCCCGGCGCACAUUGGACGCGCCUGCACGCCGCCCCCGCGAACCGCCUCCGGCCACGCGCUGCUCGUCGGCGGCCCCGACUGCACCUCAGAGUUCGGACCCGGAAGCGAGACCUCCGACGACGCCUGGGCAUGCUGCUGCUACACCCAGAGAGGUUCGCGACGUCGUUGCUGCAGUCACCCGCUACGUCAAAGCAGCGCGAGACAUCUACCGGCGAAGUCCACAGCUCUCCGACGCCGACUACAGCGCUGCCAUGCGGGAUGCACUCGCCAUUAGUGCCGAAGUCUGGGUGCCGCCUUGUUAGUGCCGAUGACCGGAAGGCGGAAAGCAAUCAGCCAAAAGCGUUAAUAUUUAAAAGAAAAACGUUAAGAGUAUUCAGUAAAAAAGUGUAAUGAAUUACACUUUUUCCCAGGUUUAAGUGAAGGUGUGACUCUAACUCAAAUUCAAGAAACAAAGAGAGUAUACUAGGUUAAUCAUUUAAAACUGCCACCUUUGAAUAUUUUUCGACCGGGAAGUGCAGUUAACAAAGUGAAAACACACACAUUUAGACACUUAUACAGCUACACUAUAAAGUUAUUCCAACCCUGGUGGAAGAAGGUAGUUUAUAACGGUUUUAAAUAACCUAUAAGACAUAUAAAGCACAAGUAUUGAGGAAAAUUAAAAAUGUACUGGCAGUAUCUUCAUUAAUCAACAGUUGACUAUAAUGCCGCAGAAUCUCAAAAUUCAUUUUCUAGCUUAGUUAGUGAUAUGGAACACAUUCUUUUAUGUUCUAGUUCAACAGCAGGAACGAGACACUGGUGGCUUAUCAGGGUAUACUUACAUUUCUUAUUUACAUGGGGAAUAUGCAUGUGUAAGAAAUGUUUUUCUAGUGCUGAUUGUGUCAACGAAUUUUAUGUUAAAAGCUGUGUGAGACUAUAAGCAGGAGAACUUGAAAAUUUCUGUAUAUUGCCCACAAUACAAUUAGUGAAAUAGAGUAAUGUCAUUCGGAGAGGUGAGAAAUCACUUUCCGGACUUCAGAAGAAUAGAAAAACAAAUAUAAUUAUUUUAUUUCCCAACGCUGCUAAACAUUAUGAAUCAGGAUAAUCUUCUGUCGCCUAACGAAGCUUUAUGAGAAGUUAAUAGCACCUUUGUCAUUCUAGAUACCUCUCACACCUUUAUACCUGAUAUUAAUGUAAUGGUGCCUAUAGUUGACAUCAGAAGUUUGUUUGCUAAAAAAAUCAGAUUCCUUUGUUAGUAGAUAACAGUGGGGUAAUGCAAUAUAUCAUCAAUUCAUAUGUAGUGCAAACUAUUUCAGAGACCCUCAAUGCACAAGAAAUGGAACUCUUAACAUUAAUACUGGAAUAUCCUGGGUGGAUUACAAACAAUGAAAUGGCUGGACACAGCCAACCAUAAUGAACAUGUGAACUUGCAUUCUUCUUCAGACCAGCCACAAAUGCACAGUCAUGCAUUGUCCAAGCACUGUAACCCAGCUCUCGUUUAUCAGGCAGAGGUUUUGUUUCUUUGUGUG